AUGGUAUUCGUAAUCUUCGGCAACCUAAAUUUUGCUCCUGGCAAAUAUGACGACUGGCAGGCUGCAUUUGAGCCCCUAGGAGACUAUGUGUGGAAGAAUGAAUCUACAUCUACUUUGACCUACUACUUUGGUGUACCCCCAGAGUGUGCAGGCAACAUGUCGGCUUCGAAUCAAAUGCUCGCCUUUGAGAUGUACGGGAAACGGGAGGAUCUUUACAAGACCCACUUCCAUUCCGAAGCUAUGGGAAACUUCUUGAAGAAAAUCCCACCGACCAUGACCACAGGUCUCGACUUGACUCACUAUGAGGAUGUGGACGGGAGCUUCCUGGACAAGCCCCGGGAUAGCACAGAAGCGGCUGUUAUUUACGACUCCCGUAUCAAAUGUCAUCCUGGCAGACGGGAAGUGGUUGUACAAAGACUCUCAGCAUUGGCACGAUCAAUUGAGUUACAUCUUGAAGAUACGUGGACGUUCAUGGUACUCAAAAGCCUUGACAACGACCACGAAGUGCGAGUAUUCCAACGUUAUGGCACUUGGGAAGGCCUCGAAGAGCUGGAAAGCUACGAACCGCGCCUGAAGACCAUCCUCGACAGCAAAGAUGAGAUCGCCAGCCUGGAAGGACGGGCGUUUGUUCCCAACAAGAAAGGCUGGCUUCACAGAUGAGUUGGUGGUCUAUUCACGGCUGAAUUGAGGUCGUUACGAUCCGCGACAUUUUUUUGGCUCGUUGCUGCAAGCCGAGGUUUGUAGGACUCUGCCAUGGCCGCGAAUAUGGCAAUACCCCGGAUACAGGUAUCCCGUUGUUUCGGAAUACAGACUUUCUGUCAAACAGCAUCUUGGUCAGACAUGUCAUUCCACGGGUUGGGAGCCAAUUUACGCACUGACUCCAGCUAUUCGAGCGUCGCCAACGACGACGAGUUACUGUGACGACGGCGAGGUCCUAGUUGUACGUAGGACGUCUAUAUAGAAGCGUUAAGUACGUAACAUUAGGUAGAAAGAUAGAGUAAUCAAUGUAUCGUAUCAUGAACA